UUUCGGAAAUUUAUGCUCAUUGGAUUUACCACACAACAUAUACAUUUUAAAUACGAGAGUUAUGAGCAAGGGUCCUUCAAUUCUGUCGGUUGUCAGCUAGGGAUGAAGAAAUGAAAUAUUUAUUAUCCUAAGUCGCAAAGCUACUUCGCUUUAUUCCUGUUAUUAACAAAUCUUUUGGUGAAGAAACAGCUGCAUGAACAAUAUGCAUCUUCGUUUUAUUAGUCCUCUGAGGUUGAGGUGGAUAUAUUUUAUUCUGAUUCUUCUGCUUAAACUGUCGGCAUCGACGGUCUUCUCUGGCUCAAUUGUUAAAUAUCUUCCAGGCUAUGAGGGUCAACUUCCAUUCAAGCUCGAAACAGGGUACGAAAGUGUAGGAGACUCCGAGUUAUUCUACUACUUUAUCGAGUCGCAAGGUGACAUUGAAGAGGAUCCUCUAAUUCUAUGGCUGUCAGGGGGCCCUGGCUGUUCCUCCUUUUAUGGACUCAUCUAUGAAAUCGGUCCAUUGGAGUUUGAUAUCCAGAACUAUACGGGUGGCUUACCAAGACUUAAGUAUUAUCCAUAUGCAUGGACUAAGACCGCCAGCAUUAUAUUUCUAGAUGCACCAGUAGGCACAGGUUUCUCUUAUGCUAGAAACCGAGAAGUCUGGCCCACCUCAGACUCUAAAUCAGCUGAGCAAUCCUAUCAAUUUCUUAAGAAGUGGUUACUUAAACACCCACAGUAUCUCCAAGUUGAGCUAUACAUUGGUGGUGAUUCUUAUUCAGGCAUGGUAGUUCCCCAAAUCACCCAAAAGAUAAUAGACGAAAAUGGACUUGAUGCCCAUCUACGUAUGAAUCUCAAAGGAUAUAUUAUGGGGAGCCCACAUACAGAUUCUAUUGUUGAUGAGAAUUCAAAAAUAAUAUUUGCUCAUCGUAUGGCGCUCAUAUCAGAUGAACUCUUUCAGGAACUCAAAACAAGCUGCAAGGGGAAUUAUCACAAUGCAGACGUCUCCAAUACGAGAUGUGUAGCUGCUCUUCAAACUUACAAAAACCUUGAUACUAUCAAAUUUUCUCGCAAGACUUUAGGUUCUGAAUAG